GAACCAUCGCACACGUUCAGCCGUUUCCACACGGAACUGUUAUUGUGUGUGAAGCAUUAACGCUGCGCUACUGACACUACAUGCGAAUUAUGAUCAGUACCAAACUUUCAGACAGUCAUCGAUUAUUGGAUAUUUACAGUAUUUUGUAUACUUUAUAGAUGAUGAAUUUCUUCCGCAACCGUCUGGUGGUUUUGGGGCUGGUGUUGCUGGCCACAGUGCUGCUGUAUCUGCUGCUUCCCUCCAUGCGGCAGGGGAGCAUGGAGCCGUCUCUGGAGGUGCAGCAGCGGAUGGGGCUGAUCGCCGCCUCUCCUCCGCCGCCGCCGCCGCCAAACAGCAUCAACAUCACGGUCAGGACCGGGCAGCUGCCCGGGGACCCGCCGCUCUUCUUCAGGGAGGCUCUGCCCGUGGACAGCACUGGGCGACAGAUAGUGCCCAGGCUGCAGAUGGUGCUUCUUCAUGGUCAGGCCUUCACCUCUAAAACUUGGGAGGAGUUGGGAACCCUCAGCUUGUUGGCGACCAAUGGGUACCAAGCCCUCGCUCUCGACCUGCCCGGUUUUGGGAAUUCUCCGGACUCGGAGUCGGUAAAGUCGGAUCAGAGCCGCGUGGAUCUGCUAAAGCGUUUUCUGGAGUCUCUGGGCGUGCGAACACCGGUGUUACUGAGCCCGUCUAUGAGCGGCCAUUACGCCCUGCCGUUCCUUCAGAAACACAGCGCCCAGCUGCACGGCUUUGUGCCCAUCGCCCCCGUGGGCACCCGCGGCAUCACCCCACAGCAGUACCGCGACAUUCAGACUCCUACACUGGUCAUAUAUGGAGAGUUAGACACUAAUCUGGGCGCUCAGUCUCAUAAGAACCUGAUUCAGCUGCCUCAUCACACCGUGGUAAAGCUGGCAGGAGCGCGACACGCCUGUUACAUGGACAAACCCCGCGAGUUCCACCGCGCUCUGCUCGACUUCCUCAGCAAACUCGAAUGAGGGAAGGAGAGUGUGAGAACGGGUCGAACAAACAUGUGAAAAGACUUUGGAAGAGACUGAGUGAAGAAAAAGACAAGAAAAUGAUGAACAGGACUGCGGUGUAGCUGUAAAUCCAGUCCUGAAACAUAACACACACCUGAACGUUCUAUCAGCCAUCCACAUCUGCUCACUCCUUAUAAUUUCCCUGCGUGCACCAUCAAGAGAUGAGAUAUUAUAAUACAUCAAACAAACAAAACUUCUGCAGAGUUACUAUAGUAACGCUUCUUUUGUAGAUUGUAAACAUCCUUUUAUCAGUUUUGACAUUGUUGCAUGUAAUGGCCCGUCUGAAGGUUGUUACAUUUUCCGGCCUGAGGGUUGUUCUGUAAUGCUGUUGCCAUGGUUUCUGGUCUGACAGACUUUUCUGUAACAUAGUUACCAUGGUUUCAUUUCUGAGAGUUGCUCUGUAAUUCUGUUGCCAGGGAUGUUAGUGUAACACAGUUGUCAUGGUUUCCAGUCUACUCUGUUGCCAUGGUUUCUGAUCUGACAGAUUUUCCUGUAACAUAGUUGCCAUGGUGAAUUAUUCUGUAAUGCUGUUGCCAUGGUUUCCAUUCUGAGAGUUGUUCUGUAAUGCAAGUACGUUGCAUCGCUGUUUCCAUGGUGUCUUGUCUGAGGAAUGUUGUCAGAGUUGGAAUGUUGUCAAAGCGAAGUUGUCAUGGUUUCUUAUCUUUGGUUUGUUCCCGUAAAAUGGUUGCUGUGGUUUCCAACCCGAGAAAUGUUCCUGUAACUAAGUUGACAUGGUUUUCUUUCUGAGGGAUGUUCCUGUAACACAAUUGCCUUGGUUUCCAGUCUGAGAGUUAUUCUGUAACGCUGUUGCCAUGGUUUCUGCUCUGACAAAUGUUCCUGUAACAUAGUUGCCAUGGUUUCCAGACUGACGGUUGUUCCUAUAACACAGUUGCCAUGGUUUUUAGUCUGACAGUUGCUUUCAAUAACAUAAAUGCCAUGGUUUCCUUUCUGAGGAUUGUUCUUGUAACACAGGUGCCAUGUUUUUUGGUCUUUGGCUGUUCCUAUAAUAGGAAAUUCAUGAUUUCCUGUAUGAGGGUUAUUUUUGUAAUACAAUUGUUAUGGUUUUCUGUAACAACAAGAGUCACAUAACGCCAAAAAUCAGUGUCAUGACUGUCAUAACCCUCGAAUAUGCUUGACAUGUAACUGAAGUCAUCAAUCCUACAAGAACAUCUCAGAGAAGAAAACAGCAUUCCUCAUUUUUGGCUCGUAUUGGUUUAUCUUAACAUCAAGUGAAAUCAUGCAGAGUGUUCACACCAGCAGUUGGCACAUAUAUACAUAAUGUAGCAUGUCCAUGUGUGAAUGGCUCAACACAUGGUUUUAGAAGUGCAAAAAUAGAGAGAAAAGUUGCAGUAUUGGACGCCUGUAAAUUCAGUUUUUCGUUAUCAGUAGUUGUCAGACUCAUACUGGCAGUAGAUUAUUUCUUGCAAUAAAUAGAAAAUUUCCUGAAACUGCAGAGAAGAAAAAGUGUUCAUUACAUUACCACACCUAAAAAUGUAGGUGUUCGUUACAUAUUUAUUAUUUAUUGCUUAAAGCUUCUACAUGACAGAAACUGUAAUGUGUGUGGUAUUUAUGUGCUGUGGUCUGUUGUUUUCUUUGUUUAUAGCUUGUAAAUAUGAAUGUUUUAGAGGACUGUGAGGUACCUCUGACCUGUAAAUAUUUCCAACAUCACGAAUCUUCAACCUGAAGGGAUCUGUCAUUGGGACUGAAUUCAGAUUCUGGUGUGCAUGGUACUGCAGAGUCAUGAAACAUGCUUUUGUUCAAUGCAAAAUAAAGUUCAUUAACAUUAA